CCUUCUCGCGAGCGGCGGCGAACACGGGUUCAAGUAGAAAUUAUUCGUAGUGAAUUGGCGACUUUUGCAUACCUUCUAGCCAUCGUAGUGAGUGUUUAGUGAUUACAGCUUGAAACAGGUUUUACUUUUGUUUCGACGAUGCGAGUGUUUGCUGGCUGAAAAAUUCAGCAUUAGUGGAUUUUCGACUAGCUCUAAUAUCAGAUAAACAAGGGGAACAUCGUCUGGGGCGGAACACCGCUCCCCACCCGGUUCGUACCGUCGAGAUCUCAUCGGGAGACACAGAAGUCCGGUUGUUGUGGCUGGAGUCCCCUCCCGAAUCGACCGAAGAAGAUUAGCAAACAACCACCACGUACAAAUAUCUUCAUUGUAAGCCGUCUGCGACGCAGACAGUAAUUAUGAAUCCCCACGGAGGAGAGUGCUGCUGAUUGAAUCAAGGAGAGUGUAAUGUGUUGGAUCUCAGCCUGCGAGUUGUAAAGCAAGUAACGGAGGGUCACCGAUUGCAAGGACAACUUGGUGCUGGUUGGCCUAGAUUUGGAUUUUAUUCGUCCCUUCUGACACACCAUCGACCCGAGUAGAUUGACACCACUGAAUUGAGCGACAAGCGAUAACACACGAACGACGAGCAAACGCAGAAAUAAUCAUGCUGAAGAACAACCAGACGUCGUUCGAGGAGAAAUGGCCGCAAAUGCGCCCGAUCGUGCUGAAACUGCUGAAACAAGAACCGGUCACACACUCCGAAUGGCAAGAGCUGUUCUACGCAGUACAUCUGGUGUGCCUCUGGGAUGACAAAGGUCCCUCGAAAAUACACGACUGCCUACAGGAGGACAUCGUCACGUUCAUCAAGCAGGCCCAAAGCCGAGUGCUGGCCCAACGCGAGGAGCAAGCACUGCUUAAAGCCUACAUCGUGGAGUGGAGAAAAUUUUUCACCCAGAGCAGCUAUCUGCCGUUGCCGUUUUGGCAGCUGGAAAAUGCCUUGCAGGGCAAAAGUCAGUCAUCCGGACACAACUCGAGUAGCAGUUCCUCAAAAAAGUCAAAUCACUCGGACGACAGCAUCGUGCGGAAGCUGAUGCUGGAUCUGUGGAACCAGAGCAUUUUCAUGAACAUCAAACACCGCCUGCAGGACUCGGCCAUGAAGCUGGUGCAUGCUGAGCGGAACGGGGAAGCAUUCGAUUCGCAGCUAGUGAUCGGUGUCCGCGAAAGCUACGUGAAUCUGUGUUCCAACACCGAAGAUAAGUUGGAGAUAUACCGGGAGAACUUUGAAGCCGCUUAUCUACAAGCGACGUCUGCGUUCUACCGAUUGAAGGCCAGCGAACAGCUACAGGCAGAUGGAGUCAAGAGCUUCAUGGAAUAUGCCGAUGCCAAGCUGCGAGAAGAGGAAGCCCGAGCCGAGCGAUACUUGGAACCGGGCAGCAUAACCGCUCUGGCACAAUGCUGUGUCACGGUGCUUAUCGGAGAUCACUUGCCAACUCUGCUGGCGGAAUGUCCUCCGUUGAUAGAGGGUCGUGAAACCGAUCGAUUGCAGUUGAUGUUCCGUCUUCUGGACAGAGUGGCAGGUGGCGUGGAUCCUAUGCUUCGAGACUUGGAGAAUCACAUUGUGCAGGCCGGCUUGGCGGACAUGGUGGCCGCGGCUGACGUUAUAACCCAGGAUUCCGAAAAGUACGUGGAAAGACUGCUGGAGCUGUUCCGUCGGUUUAGCAACCUGGUGAAGGAAGCCUUCAAUGACGAUCCUCGGUUUCUGACGGCUCGCGAUAAAGCCUUCAAAACGGUGGUCAACGACAUCACGGUGUUCAAGUUGGAACUGCCGACGUCGGCCACGGCCAUGGCGCGCGGUAUUAAGUCGGCCACUCCGGAGUCCAAGUGUCCGGAGCUGCUGGCCAACUACUGUGAUAUGCUGCUGAGGCGGACGCCUUUCAGCAAGCGGCUCACCACGGAGGAAAUCGAAUCUCGCCUGAAGGACGUACUGCUGGUGCUCAAAUACGUAAGCAAUAAGGAUGUCUUCAUGCGCUAUCACAAGGCGCAUCUAACUAGAAGACUGAUCCUCGAUUCCAGUGCUGAUAGCGAAAAGGAAGAGGACAUGGUGGAAUGGCUGCGGGAGGUCGGUAUGCCGGCUGACUACGUCAAUAAGCUAGCUAGGAUGUUCCAGGAUAUAAAGGUUAGUGAAGAUUUGAACACACAAUUCCGGUCGCAAACGACACGACAUGAUGCCAUCAAUAUCAAGAUCCUGAACGCCGGGGCCUGGGCGCGAGGUUCCGAGCGAGUGUCUGUUAGUUUACCGCUCGAACUCGAAGACUACAUCCCCGAGGUGGAGGAAUUCUACAAGAAGAAACAUUCCGGUCGAAAACUGCUGUGGUAUCAUCACAUGAGCAACGGUACCAUCACCUUUGCCAACAAUUCCGGCCGGUUCGAUCUGGACGUGACCACGUUUCAGAUGGCGGUGCUAUUUGCCUGGAACCAGCGCCCGAACGACAAAGUGUCCUACGAAAAUCUGCGCCUGGCAACGGAACUCCCCGAUCCGGAGCUGCGCCGAACGCUGUGGUCUUUGGUUGCCUUCCCGAAGCUUAAGCGGCAGCUACUUUCGUAUGACCCGGUGGUGGCAAAUCCGAAAGAUUUUACCGAAAACACUCUAUUUUGGGUGAAUCAAGAAUUUGCCCUGAUCAAGAAUGGUAAACCACAGCGACGGGGCAAGGUCAAUCUGGUCGGGCGGCUACAACUCAGUACCGAACGAUCUCAACAGGAGGACAAUCAGUCCAUUGUGCAGCUGCGAAUACUGCGCACCCAAGAGGCCAUCAUCAAGAUCAUGAAGAUGCGAAAACGAUUGAGCAACGCUGCCCUGCAGGCCGAACUGGUGGAUAUCCUCAAAAACAUGUUCCUACCGUCGAAGAAGAUGAUCAAGGAACAGCUCGAGUGGCUAAUAGAGCACAAGUACAUGCGACGGGACGACGACGAUAUCAACACAUUCAUCUACAUGGCUUAGGCGCACCUACGGAAUCAGAGCCGGGAAUUCAUCAAACUAAAUUUUACACCUCUCUCUAUCCCUCUCUCGAACCGUACCUACACAAAUCACAGUCCGUACUAGCAUGUGUGAUGGACUGACUGAGUAGUUCCUGGGAGGAGGGGAGGAGGGGACUUACAAAGCAAACGUGGUUCAUAUGCGCCGUGCACUGUGCGUGCAGGCGAUCAGCCUGCUUCCUCGCUGGUAAUCCAGAUCUGAACCGACUAAGACAUAUUGUUUAAUUGUUGAACCUUUGUCCAGGGAGGAAAUAGGUAUAACGCUUGCAAGAAAAUA